AUGUGUGAUUUGGGUUAUGAUGAAGGCGUCUCAGACAAGAUGGCCGCGGCGCUCUCAUUUUACAGACCUUCGGCCUUGGCGGAGGCUGCCCGAGAGAGUUUGCUGGGUGCGCUGCAACAGACAUUCCCAAAUGAUGUACAGCGGGUGAUCAUGGCCCAGAGCCUUUAUGACCGUAUCCAGAAGCAUAUUGCCCAACCACAACCCGUUCAGAGCGAUGUUUCCGAGAAUGUCAAGGCCUUCGCACACGCUUUGGAUGAUGCACAGCUGGAAGGGCAAAUUCUGAAAACGGAAACGGGCAGUUUCAAGUUAGAGCAGGACUCUGAAAUUUGGGACGAGACGAAGUUCUACGUGCGGGGAUGCUACACAGAAAUUGCCGACAUCAUGUUGAAAACAAAGCCUCAUAGGAUGUCUUUGCUCGGCUCAUCAGGUAUCGGCAAGUCCAAUUUUAUGGUAUAUUUAAUCUGGCGUCGCUUCCAAGACGAUAAGCUUAAAGAGUUCCCUGUUUUUCUGCACCAGAGGGACAUCAUCCAUCGGAUUCAGAAGGGUGAAGAGCCAAAGAAGGUCGAUGCUGCUACUUUGUAUUCAGCCCCUCAACAAGCUUUGCAUAUCAUGGAUGCCGACAUUGAUGUGGAACAUGGGGCCUUGUCAUUUGCACAGCAUGUCGUUUGCAUUCGUCUGCUCGCGUGGCCGGCAUCCUUCGAUCAGUCCUGGCAGCAGAACUACUCACAAGAGGGCUGGCCGGCCCAAGAUCCACAGGCCUACAUGGGUUAUUCGCAGAUUCAGAUGCCUGCUGCCGGUGACAUGUCCGCAUCGGGAAUGCCAGCCAUGCAACAGGGAGCGCCAGCUGCUGGUAUGCCGCAGGGGCAGCAGAUGCCGCCUUGA